AUGAAUAUGAAAAUAGCUGCUCCAUCAAAACGACCUGAUUUACAAGGAAUUCGUGGUCUGGCAAUUAUUGGAGUUGUAUUUUUUCAUUUUUGGCCUAAACAGUUCCCACAUGGACGUCUGGGUGUUGAUCAUUUCUUUGUGCUCUCCGGAUAUCUAAUGUGCAUGUUACUAAAACAGAAGCUCUCGGAACUACCGAGGUCAGCAGUCAGGUCGUUGUUUUUUGUAGCAAUCUGGCCGAAGCCGGUUCGAAUGGUUCAUAGUACCAUUGUAUUGUAUUGUAUUGUAUUUAGUACGAUUGAAAUCGUGAUCAAAAAUAAAUAG